AUGGCGCUGUCGUCCCACCUGGACUGGCUCCUGUCCUCGUCACCAGGAGUGGCGCCUGAGGAAGAAAUUAAGGGCAAAGGCCAAGAAGACGUUGACAUCGACACGCUCUAUGCCGCCCUCCUCUCGACGUCGUCGUCGGAGCGAAACCAGGCCAUCUCUGCAGACUCGGCCCUCGACUUGCCAGAGGACGUGAUCCAAGACGAAGUCCCCGUGCAGUCGCUGUGGGACCAGCUGCUCGAUGCAGCGGGCCAGAUUGAAGCCAGCGAAGCGGAGGACGUCGACGGCGCAGCCGCUACCGUCCGUCUGCGUGCGCAUGUUGACUCGCGCUACGCAGGUGACUUAGCCAUCAGAGCAAGCAUGAUUGAGAGCGUAAAGUCAGCGCUGGAAGGCGCGAGAAACGACGAAGAGGUCAGCAUCGUCCUGGCCGAGACGCUUGGCUUCGACCACCUCGACCUUGUGCGCGAUCUCGUUGCUCAGCGCGGUGUGGUCGUCAGCGACUUGUCGGCAGCACCAUCGGCGAGAUCGUUCCUGAAUGGCAGUGCUGGUACAUCCACGAUCAAGACUGCCGCGUCGUCGCGAGGCCACCAUGCAGAGGAGACGAGAAGUACGGCCAAGCCCUACACGCCGGGCUCCUCCUUUGUCAUUCAGACGGCCGAGGACAAGGCACUAGCAAAACAGCGUCGCAACGAGCACCGGAGGCAGAGACGGGCAAGAGGCCAGGCCCAUGCCUCGGAUUCAGACGAGGACGAGGGCGCGCUGCCCUUUUCGCUCGAGGAGAUGGACAAGAUGCGCGCAGAGGAGCUCGCUGCCUCGACGUCGAGGCCCCUCUUCAGCUCGCAGAGGCAGACGGACCAAGGACAACCCCAGUAUCCCCACGUCUUUUCGUCCAACACGGGCGGUGGCAACGUCUUGAGUGCCUUUGGGUCCCGUUUCAGCCUUCCACCCGGCACUGUCCGCGUCGAGGAGUCCUUCUUCGAAGAGUUGACGAUCCCGGCGCCGCACCAGGUGCCCAUGCGCGACUUCGAACGGCGCAUCCCCAUCUCGGAGAUGGACGAGCUGGCAAAGGGCGCAUUCCCGGGCUAUGACAGCCUCAACAGGCUGCAGAGCGCCGUCUACCCGCUGGGCUACAAGACCAACGAGAACCUGCUCGUGUGUGCGCCCACGGGUGCGGGCAAGACGGAUGUGGCGAUGCUCGCCGUCCUGCGCUGCAUCAGCCAGUAUGCAGACGAGGUGCGGCCUGCUAAGGCCAGAGCAGGCACCGUGGCAGGCACCAACGUGGCCCCUCAAUCGACGCGCUUCCAGGUCCGUCUGGCCGACUUCAAGAUCAUCUACGUCGCCCCCAUGAAGGCGCUGGCGAGCGAGAUUGUCCGCAAGUUCUCAAAGAGGCUCGCCUACCUCGGCGUCAAAGUGCGCGAGCUGACGGGCGACAUGCAGCUGACGCGCAAGGAGAUCAACGAGACGCAGAUGAUUGUCACGACGCCUGAAAAGUGGGACGUCGUGACGCGCAAGCCGACGGGCGAGGGCGAGCUGGCGUCCAAGGUCAAGCUGCUGAUCAUCGACGAAGUGCAUCUCCUCCACGAAGACCGCGGCGCCGUCAUCGAGACAAUCGUGGCCAGGACGCUGCGUCUCGUUGAAUCGAGCCAGUCGCUGAUCCGCAUCGUUGGCCUCUCGGCCACGCUGCCAAACUACACCGACGUGGCCGACUUUCUGCGCGUGAACCGGUACCAGGGCCUCUUCUUCUUCGACUCGUCUUUCCGUCCCAUCCCGCUCGAGCAGCACUUUCUCGGUGUCAAGGGCAAGGUCGGCUCGGCCCUCAGCCGGCAGAACCACGACAAGGCGACGUUUGAAAAGCUCUCUGUGCUCCUGGAAGAGGGGCAUCAGGUCAUGAUCUUUGUCCACGCCCGAAAGGAGACGGUCAAGACGGCAUCGACGAUGCGAGAGAUGUGCAAGGAAGAAGGUCUCCUGGAGCUGCUCCUGCGCAAGCGCGAAGAGGACCCCGAGUCAACCGUAGCCGUCAACACAUUCAAGCGCGAGCUGGCCGCCAGCCGCAACCGAGAGGUCAAGGAGCUCUUUGAGACGGGCUUUGGCAUCCACCACGCCGGCAUGCUCCGAUCGGACCGCAAUUUGAGCGAGAGGAUGUUCGAGGCGGGCAUCACCCGGGUCCUCUGCUGCACCUCGACGCUGGCCUGGGGUGUCAACCUUCCCGCAUACGCAGUCGUCAUCAAGGGCACCCAGGUGUACGACUCGGGCCUGGGCCGCUUCAACGACCUGUCCAUCCUCGAUGUCCUUCAGAUCUUUGGUCGAGCCGGCCGGCCGCAGUUCGAAAAGAAGGGCGUGGGCUACAUUGUCACGACCCACGACAAGCUCUCGCACUAUGUCGAUGCCGUCACGUCGCAGCACCCCAUCGAGAGCAAGUUCAAGACUGGGCUCUACGACGCCCUCAAUGCCGAGGUGGCGCUGGGAUCGGUCAGCAGCAUCAAUGACGGUGUCGCGUGGCUCUCCUACACCUACCUGUUUACCCGCAUGAGGCGCAAUCCGCUCGCCUAUGGCAUGACUCACGACGAAGUCGUCGAGGAUCCACAGCUGGGUCUGCGCAGGGUGCAUGAGAUCAAGACGGCGGCAAAGCAUUUGGUCGCGUGCAAGAUGCUCGAGAUGACAGAAGACGGAGGCAAGCUCACCAUUACGGAUCUGGGCCGUGUGGCGGCCAAGUACUACGUUUCAUACAAGACAAUCGAAAUCUUCAACGAAAAGCUCAGGUGCAACAUGUCCGAGGCUGAUGCCCUGGCGGUCCUCUCGAUGGCGACGGACUUUGAGCAGAUCCUGCCGCGAGACAACGAGGUGCAGGAACUCAAACGGCUGGAGCAAAAGGCGCCCUGCGAGGUCAAGGGCGCAUGCGAGACGAGCGCAGGAAAGACAAGCGUGCUGCUGCAGGCCUUUAUCUCGCGAGAGUACAUUGACGACUUUGCCCUCGUCAGCGAUGCAGGAUACGUGGCACAGAAUGCCGGCAGAAUCAUUCGGGCUCUUUUUGAGAUUGCGCUGGCAAGAAAGUGGUCGCCCGUCACGUCGGCACUCAUGGGCAUGACAAAGGCUGUCGAGAGGAGAAUGUGGCCAUUCGACCACCCUCUCUCGCCCACGCAGUCGAAUCUGACGCCGGAGCUGGUUACCAAGCUCAAACGGUACGCAGACGACGUGCCCGUCCCCGAGCUGGCCAAGAUGAGUGCUGCGGCCAUUGGCGACUUGUGCAAGGCCAACGAACGCGAGGGACGUGCCAUCGGCGAUGCCGCACGAUCUUUCCCUUCGCUGUCGAUCCAGUGGGCUCUGAAGCCAGUCGCGCACGAUCUGCUGCAGAUCAACGUAGAAGUGGGCAAAGACUUUGCCUGGGACGACCGCAAGUCCGGAUCCAUGGAGCCAUUCUACAUCUGGGUCGAAAGUGAUGACGGCCAGGACAUCUUGAAGCACACCAGGGUCCUUGUACAUCCCAGUACAACAACCCAGACGGUCACCUUUGUCAUUGAUGUGCCCGAAGCCAUGCCAGCAGGCGUGACGAUUCGAUGGGCCAGCGACCGGUGGAUCGGAUCAGAGGACGAGGUGUGGGUGCCAUUCAAGCACGUCUCCAUGCCUCGACAUGCUCCUGCCUCUACCCGUCUCCUCGACCUUCCGCUCUUGUCGACUGAGACGUGCUUGGACAGUCUUUCCACCGUGGCGCGAUCCUACGCCAACGACUUCAGAGCGCUGAAUGCGGUCCAGACGCAAGCAUUCCACAGCUUCAUGCACUCCAGCGCAAACAUCCUCUUCAGCGCGCCUCCUGCUAGUGGCAAGUCAACACUGGCUGAGAUGGCAAUCUGGCGCACCGUAAGGAUAGCAAGCGAGGCGAAAGGAAAUACUUCGCACGGGUUGACGCUCGUCCUGCACCCCGAUCACCAUCAAGCCCUAUGGAACUUUGACAGGUUUAACCAGCGCGCUGCGUCGACACCCGACGUCCAGUGCAAGCUGGCGAGGUCGGUGGCGGAUUUCGCUUCGGUCAAAGCGAAGACUCAAGUCAUUUUCACAUCGCCCUAUCUCGCGCUGAAAGCGUCGCUCGACGGUCUGAUCUCCCAAGAGAGGCUCCGACUUGUCAUUGCCGAGGAUUUGCAUCUGAUCGACGCUACCUAUGAGCUGGCGCUCAUGCGUCUUCGCCGAAUGGUCCAGCACAACCGGCGCCAGAGUUCGGAUGCCCGUCUUAUCGGGACGACUGCCAGUCUCAGCGACGCAAGCACUCUGGCGGAAGCGCUCGAUGUCGACGAAGACAAAGGAUACUAUGCAUUUGAGCCGACGCAGCGCCCCUCGCCACUCCGUCUGACUCUCCACACAUUCGACCUGGCUCACUCUGCCACGCUCCUCAAGGCCAUGGUAAAGCCGGCAUAUGACCGCCUUUCUGCGCUCGCAAAGCAGCAGCAGGCGAUUGUCUUUGUACCAUCGAGGGCGCAGUGUGCGAUCACGGCUCGAGAUUUGAUCCGACAAAGCGCAAGCGAGCUCCAGACGAGGGCCUUCUUGGGCGGCGAAGGAGGAGAUGAAGACACGACGCUGCCUCUGCUCGAAACGAGGUUGGGUCAAUUAAAGGACGCCAACCUCGUCGAGCCGUUGCUGAAUGGCGUUGGCAUCAUUGUCGAGACAAUGUCCUCGUCCGACCGACGGCUCGUGUCGGAGCUCUUUGAGGCAGGUACAAUUCGCCUGCUAGUCGUCUCGCGAGAGUCGGUCUGGAGCUUGCAUCCGGCCCUGUCCAGACGGGUCGACUUGGCCGUCGUCAUGGGCGCGCAGUACACGGCGAUGCAAGAGGGUGCGAGGAGGACGGUCAAUUACUCGACCGUGGAGCUGCUCAGGAUGUCUUCAAUGGCGACAGGACCAUCUGCUUCCACCUCCAUCUUGGCGGCAUCCUCGCCGCCAGAGUGCCUGAUCCUCUGCCAGACGGACCAGGCGAGCUUGCUACGCAGAUCGAUCGGCGAUGAAGGCGUGUUUCUGGAGUCAGACCUGCUCGUCUCGUCGCAAUCCUCCUCGGCUUCCUCCUCCUCAACGGUGCUGUCGUACUCCCUCCUCUGCGACUUUGCACACGGGCGCAUCGCAAGCAAGGUUGACGUGAUCAAGAUGCUCCAAUGGAGCUUCCUCGUGAAGGCCAUGCGGCGCAAUCCGACGUUCUACGGCUGCCGGAGCGGCCAAGAAGAGGGCGUCGACUGCGCAUUGUCGGAUCUAGUCGACGCGACUCUCGACAGACUCUCGAGAAUGGGC